AUGGCGGCUUCUUUCCUGGCCGAACUGGCGCAGCACCGCUGCCUCCUGUUCCUGAUUGUCAUUUUGGGAUUUGGAGGAAACCUUUUGGUGGGAUUCCAGGUCUCCGUCAUCGCCUACCCUUCCCAGGAUGUCCAGGCCUUCCUGAAUGCGUCCUGGGUCCGGCGUUUUGGGGCGCCUCUCUCCCCGGAGACGCUGACCCUCCUCUGGUCCUUCGUGGUCUCCGUCUUCUGCCUCGGAGGCCUCUGUGGCAACCUGGGCAGCGGGGCCCUCCUCCACCAAUGCGGCAAGAAGAAGGCGCUGCUGUGGUCAGAUCUGCUGGUCAUCCUGGGCGCUGUCCUGAUUGGCUUUAGCCAAAUGGCCGACUCCGGCGAGAUGCUGCUGGCCGGGCGCUUCUGCUACGGAGUGUCCGCAGGGAUCUGCAUGAACACGAUUGGCCCUUACUUGGCGGAGAGUUCCCCGCAGAGGCUCCGGGGAUUCGCCAUCACCGCCUCCGUCGUCUUCUUCUCGCUGGGGAAGGUCCUGGGGCAGGUCAUGGGGCUCAGGGAGGUGCUGGGAGGCCCCUCGCGGUGGCCGCUGCUGCUCUCCCUGAACGGGGGCCCCGCCUUGGCCCAGCUGCUGCUGCUCCCGCUCUUCCCGGAAACCCCUCCGCACCUCCUGCUCCAAAAUGGGGACAAGGAAGCCUGCCUCAGGGCCAUGCGGACGCUCUGGGGCCCCAACUGCGGACACCGCCACGAGGCCCAAGUGGAGGAGAUUCUGCGGGAAGCGGAGGCGGACGCUGCAGACGGGAAGCGGAAGUGGGGGGCCCUGGAGGUCCUGAGGGCCCCCGCCCUGCGCAGACCACUGGCCCUCGCCCUCCUCCUCGUCCUCGGCCUCCAGCUCUGCGGACUCAGCGCUAUCUACUUCUACGCCUUUGACGUCUUCCGCACGGCGCGCAUCCAGGAGGGCCUCAUCCCCUUCGUGACCCUGGGCACCGGCGCCUGCGAGUUCCUGGCCUCCAUCCUCUGCUCCACCAUCAUCGACCGCUUUGGCCGCCGGAUCCUGCUCUGGGGCGGCUUCCUGAUGAUGGGCCUCUCCAUGGCGCUCCUCAUCCUCGCCCUCUUCUUCCAGGACCGCCUUCCUUGGCUCUCCUACUUCUGCAUCGCCUUCAUCUUCCUCUUCGUCGUCUUCUAUGCUGUUGGUCCUGCGGGGGCCACCUUCGCCUUCAUGAUGGAGAUCUUUGGCCGUGCAGUCCGGCCGCCGGCACUGGUCAUCCUGGGGACCAUCCUCUGGUUUGGACUCUUCCUCUCUGGAAUGGGCUUCCCCGUCUUGGUGGAGUCAAUGGGAUACUUCUGCUUCCUGAUCUUCUUGGCAGUGGAUGCUGGGAUCGCCGCCUUCGUCUACUUCUUCUUCCCGGAAACCAAAGGGAGAUCCAUUACGGAAAUUACCAACGAACUUCAGGGGAUUAAUUUGAGGGGCAAACGAGCCCCGGGUGGCAGCCUUUGCACUAAAUUAUGAAACAAACAAAGAGAAUUAAAGGGACAAAAGGGACCACAGAAGGCCAUCCAGUCUGACCCCCAGGAAAGAAUCAAGAGACCCCCAAAUGGCAUUGUUGUUGUUUUAUUUACAAGGCAAAUGGUAUCCACUAGGG